AUGGACCCUUCUCAACGAUCGUUAUAUACCUUGCUCGAAGCAAGUGAAGACAACCUUUACGUCGCCAAGGAUGCAGCAGCAUCGUCGACAAAGGCACAGCAACGCACAAGUGGAUGGAGACGAUAUAUUGCCCCUGUCGUCUUGCUUGGCACCAUGAUUCCGACAACGUUCUUGCUUUUGCACGUCUUUCAAGCCAGGACCACCCGCAACCACAUCCAACCCAACAACAACAGCAACAACAAUAGCAGCAGCAGCAAGCCAAACUUUAUCAACUACCAGAUCUACGACAGCAUCAACGACGUGUACGAAUACGAUCAUCAACUACAAAAGCAACAGCAGACAGCAGGUCGCCACAACGUUCAUUUGGUUCCUACACUCUCAGUUGGAUUAGACAGUAUGUGCAUUGGGGUCAUUACGGUAUCUUUGAUUGGGCUCUUGGGAGUCGCCAAGGGAAACCGGCGCCUUAUGAACCUGUACUUUGGGUUUGUGAUGGUGUUUAUUAGCAUCCAAGCACUGUUUGCGGUAAAGGGAUUCCUGUCGGGGGCCGACUGGGUCCGGGAUGCAUUGGAUCGGUCAUGGACGAAUGCUUACGAGACCGAUAAGGACUUGAUCCGUGACCUACAGUCUGAGUUCAAUUGUAAGGGAUUCUUUGACGGAGAGGACAGAUCGCUGGAGACAAACAUGGGAUACGAGGGUCAUCUCCCAAACUGCAGCGACAUUCUCGAAAUGACCUUUGGCAGCAGGUUGGAGCGACUUGGAACGACAAUCCUUUGGAUUCGCUUGAUUCAGUUGGCGGGAGUAAUGCUAUUAUCGAUACUGUUCAGGUACUUGACGAUUCUGGACCAGUCGGACGCUGACAAGGACGAGGAGGCUCUCGAGGCACAGCAGCAAUCAAAGAUGCUCGACGGCAGCAGCCAAUCGGGAUACUAUUUUUUAACAGAGAAGCAGAUGGCGGAUUGUGAUGCUCAUGUACCGUUGCUCUUGCGCCAGGAGGGGGAUGAGGAUGAUAUUGAUUGUGAUGAUGCAUCCUCGGUCGUGUUGUCAGAUGAUGGGUCCCAAAUCACUAUUGUCGUUGCAUGA